AUGUUGAACAUUCUUCAUAUCCCCCACGAUGCCAUAUCAUGGGCGGUGACUUGUGCGGCAGUGGUCACUCUUUACGUAGUGAGCAAUGCGGUCUAUAAUGUCUUUUUCCAUCCACUGGCCAGAUAUCCUGGUCCGGUAUCGCACGCCGCCUCACGUCUGCCCUACUUCAUUCGCAUCUUCAAGGGCACUCUUGCGUUUGAUAUGCUCGACUUGCAUAAACGCUAUGGGGACAUUGUUCGGAUCGCCCCCGACGAGCUCGCCUUCUCCCACCCGGACGCAUGGAAGGAUAUCUUAGGCCACAUCAAGGGAGGCCUGUAUCUAGAAAAGGCUAGUUGGUUCUACAGGCCUCUGGAUUAUGACCCACCAAAUAUUUUCAAUGAGGGCCGCGAGCAGCACAGUCGUCUGCGUCGGCAAUUAGCACACAGCUUCUCAGACAAGGGGUUGAGAGAUCAGGAGCCAAUGAUCCGGGGGUAUCUUGAUCUUCUGCUACAGAGGUUGUGCAAAGCUGGAUGCGGAGAGAAGGCAGUUGAUCUUUCCGCCUGGUACAAUUAUACAACCUUUGAUAUCAUCGGCGAUCUCUCCUUCGGUGAAUCAUUCGGCUGUUUGGAAGCUUCAAGCUACGACGAGUGGAUUGAGAGUAUAUUCAUGGCGUUCCGCUUCGCCACUGUUCUACAGGCCCUGUCAUUCACCCCGUUAUUCAAACAGGUCUUGCUGGCCUUGGUACCCCGAUCGGUACGUGAGAGGCGUGAGCGCCUGAACGAAUUCACACGGCAAAAGAUGCUUCGUCGCAUGGCAGUCGCGGAGGAGCGGCCUGACUUGAUCGAAGGACUUUUGAAGAAGAAGGAAGAGCUGAAUUUGACCGUCGAUAAACUAACUGCCAAUGCUGAGACUUUGGUGAUUGCCGGCUCCGAGACGACGGCUACAUUGCUCGCCGGUGCUACCUAUCUAAUUCUCAAAAACCCGGAAGCCUACCAGACUCUAACAAAGGAAGUACGGUCGGCGUUCAAUAGCGAGGAGGAUAUCAACCUCACAUCGGUUGCUAAAUUACCGUAUAUGCUGGCCUGUCUGGACGAGGCAUUGCGCAUGUAUCCACCUGGUGCUAUUGGCCCUCCGCGGGUCACUCCGCAGGGUGGAGCGCAAAUAUUAGGAGCUCGGAUUCCAGAGAGAAUAUAUGUUUCGGUUCACCAUUGGGCUCUCUAUCGGCGUGAGGAGUAUUUCUCAGAUCCAGACACGUUCCACCCGGAACGAUUCCUCGGGGACCCUCGGUUCUUGAAUGAUCGACGUGACGUCCUCCAACCGUUCCAUAUUGGUCCCAGAAGCUGUUUAGGUCGCAACCUCGCAUAUAGCGAGAUGCGUCUGACUUUAGCCCUCAUGAUCUUCAACUUUGACAUGAAGCUGUCAGACGAUUCGCAGGAUUGGAUCCAGCAGAAAAACAUUUUAAUGUGGCAGCGGGGUCCGUUGAAUGUGCAUUUGACCCCUAUCCAUAGAAACGGCUCUUAA